AUGGCAGAUGCAGAAACCACGCCCUCACCGGCUGUCGCCUUGGCCCUGGAGGUCGUCGACGAGCGCGAGCCUUUGGAAGCUCGGAUUUCCUCUCGGAUCAUGUGCGACCCCUCCGACAACAGCUGCCCACUGCACACCUUACCCGAGCAGAGCAGCACCGACUUUGGGCAAGCACUGGCCCUGCUGCGUGUCGUUCCUGGGGACCAGGUCAGCGCAUACUCCGAGCGUUCUGUGCGCGAAUUCCUGCGCCAGACGAAGCACGAGUUAGAGGCAUCGGACCACUACAAUUCGAAAGCGCAAGCCUACGAAUUCGAAGCUGAAGCUGCGGAUGAUGCGGGAUUCUAUUUCAUUUCCUACGCCUGGGAGCCGCCUGCGCAAGCUGACGCACGGAGAGGGGCCGCUCCGGGGGAAGAGGCCUACCUUCCUUCCGCGGAGCAGCAGCAGGGACGGCCGGAAAUCUUCACCGAUGCCCGCGACUGGUACGCCCAAGCUCAGGCGAAAUCGGUGUAUCUGGAGUGCCGUGGACAGCGAGAGCUGCACCCGCGCGACCUGCUCUUCUGGAUCGAGCGAGCGAGCUUGCCACAAUGCGGUGACAUCUUUGAGCUAGCAAAGGGUAAGUCGUUUUUCCUUCUGGAGUACAUACUUAUGGCAAGGGCGAUGAUUGCGGUGGCAUCGCCGCACUACUUCUCGAGGGGGUGGUGCCUGUUCGAAUUUGCCUCGAAGCUCGCAACAGCUCCUGACACGAAUCCUGCAGCCCUCGGCAUAGCGUGGAAGGCUUUCGUCUCCUUCGGCAGCAGGAAAGAUGGCUUUCCUGUUUCUCUGUAUGCCGACGUCAUCCGUUUUAUCUCCAUAGAGGCGGCCGAGUUCUCUGUUGCAAGCGACCGCGAAGUGCUCCUGGGCCAUGUGGACCGGCUGUUCGUCGCUCGAGAAGCCUUCGACCGCUUCGCGAAGUUUGCUGCUUUGGCGCGCUUGGGGAGAUCCUGCUACACGAGUGAAGAUCGGAGGCCGUUCGCCCUCCUUGCCUUCGAGGAAGGUUUUGAAGAACUGGGACAGCUCCUAUCUGCAAACUCGCACUUCGAUGCGCGGAAGAGUCCGGAUGCACUCCAGGCUUUCGACGGAGCCUUGCGCCCACUCUUUGCAAGGGAAAGGCUGCGAGCUGUACGCAUGGAGGUGGUCGAGGGCUUGCAGGCCUUGGCAGCUCGCGCACUGGAAUCUGCAAGAACGAAGAAGUGA